UAAUUUUUUUUUUUUUUUUUACAAAAACAAAAAGAGAACUGCACAGUCUCCUAUUUUCCUUAUUUCUCUUUGACGUGCCCCGGCGGAAAAUAAAAGAACAAAGGAUUUGGCAACACCGCCGCGAAAACUCAAAUGCUCAAUGGGGAACAAGAUCGCGAGAACGACGCAGGUCUCGGCGACGGAGUAUUACCUACACGACCUGCCGUCUUCUUAUAAUCUGGUGUUGAAAGAGGUGCUCGGUCGAGGCCGAUUCUUCAAGUCGAUCCAGUGUAAGCACGACGAAGGCCUCGUCCUCGUCAAGGUCUAUUUCAAGCGUGGCGACUCAAUCGAUCUCCGCGAGUACGAGCGCCGACUCGCUCACAUCAAAGAAACUUUCCGCUUGCUUGACCACCCCCACGUCUGGCCCUUCCAGUUUUGGCAAGAAACAGAUAAAGCGGCAUAUCUAUUGCGGCAAUAUUUUUUCAAUAAUUUACAUGAUCGAUUGAGUACUCGGCCUUUUCUCAGUCUCGUUGAAAAAAAAUGGUUGGCGUUUCAGUUACUUCUUGCAGUAAAGCAGUGCCAUGAUAAGGGGAUAUGCCACGGUGAUAUUAAGUGUGAGAAUGUGUUGGUUACCUCGUGGAACUGGCUUUAUCUUGCUGAUUUUGCAUCAUUCAAGCCCACAUAUAUUCCUUAUGAUGACCCCUCGGAUUUCUCAUUCUUCUUUGACACUGGAGGAAGAAGGUUGUGUUAUCUUGCACCGGAGAGAUUUUAUGAGCAUGGAGGUGAAAUGCAAGUUGCACAAGAUGCACCUUUGAAGCCAUCUAUGGACAUCUUUGCUAUUGGAUGUGUAAUUGCGGAGCUUUUCCUAGAGGGCCAGCCGCUGUUUGAACUCUCUCAGCUUCUUGCAUAUCGCAGAGGGCAAUACGAUCCUAGUCAACAUCUUGAAAAGAUCCCAGAUAUUGGAAUACGCAAGAUGAUACUUCAUAUGAUCCAGCUUGAACCAGAGUCCCGCCUCUGUGCUGAAAGCUAUCUACAGAAUUAUGCAGCUGUUGUAUUUCCUAGCUACUUCGCACCAUUUCUACAUAAUUUUUAUUGUUGCUGGAAUCCUAUUCAUUCUGAUAUGAGGAUUGCAAUGUGCCAGAGUGUGUUCCCUGAGAUACUGAAGCAGAUGAUGAGCAAGAGGUCAAGUGAUGAGAUGGGCAGAGGUCUUAGCAAGUCACGCAUCUUAAAUGGUAAACAGUCACAAGAAAUUGUUGCAAAACAGCAGUCACAAGAGAUUGUUACAAAACAAAACUUAAGCUCCACAAAUCACUUGUUGACAAAAAGAGAAAGGAUAGAGAAUGGUUCUGUUAGGGAUCGGUUCAAGCUUCCUGGUAACAUUGAUACCUUACUUGGGGAUGUAGAACAAAGCAAUCCUUACCUUAGUGAGAAGUCAAUGACGGGGGAUGCAACCAUCUCUGCACUUUCCCAAGAUUUUAAACAGCAUGGCAUGCAAUCUCCUGCCCUUCUUCUUCAAAGCAUCUCUGAUUCGUUUAGAAAAAAUGAUCACCCUUUUUUGAAAAAGAUUACAAUGGAUGAUUUAAACUCAUUGAUGUCUGAGUAUGACAGUCAAUCAGACACAUUUGGAAUGCCUUUUCUGCCAUUACCUGAAGACAGCAUGAAAUGUGAAGGGAUGGUUUUAAUCGCCUCUCUGCUUUGUUCCUGCAUACGUAAUGUUAAGUUGCCUCAUUUAAGAAGAGGGGCUAUACUUUUGCUGAAGACUUCUUCAUUAUACAUUGAUGACGAAGACCGCUUGCAGCGAGUGCUUCCAUAUGUAAUUGCAAUGCUUUCUGACCCAGCAGCCAUUGUGCGUUGUGCUGCCCUUGAGACUUUGUGUGACAUUCUGCCCUUAGUCCGAGAUUUUCCUCCAAGUGAUGCGAAAAUUUUUCCAGAGUAUAUUCUUCCAAUGCUUUCCAUGCUUCCUGAUGAUCCAGAGGAAAGUGUGAGAAUUUGUUAUGCUAGCAAUAUAGCUAAGCUGGCUCUAACAUCUUAUGGAUUCUUGAUUCAUUCAAUAAGACUCAGUGAGGCUGGGGUUCUUAAUGAAUUGAAUUUGUCACCAAAGUCAUUAGCAUCAUCUAGUGAGUCAUCUGGGCGCCUUCAAAGGUUAAAUAGUGAUGCACAGCUUUCACAAUUGAGGAAGUCCAUCGCCGAGGUAGUUCAGGAACUUGUAAUGGGUCCAAAGCAAACUCCGAACAUUAGGAGAGCACUCCUUCAGGACAUUGGCAAAUUAUGCUGCUUCUUUGGCCAGAGACAGAGCAAUGACUUUUUGUUGCCCAUACUCCCCGCUUUUUUGAACGAUAGGGAUGAGCAGCUAAGGGCAAUAUUCUAUGGGCAAAUUGUGUAUGUCUGCUUCUUUGUGGGCCAAAGAAGUGUGGAGGAAUAUCUUUUACCUUAUAUUGAGCAGGCUUUGGGUGAUGCAAUUGAGGGUGUCAUUGUCAAUGCACUUGAUUGUUUGGCCAUUCUGUGCAAAAGUGGUUUCUUGCGGAAAAGAAUAUUGCUUGAAAUGAUAGAGCGUGCCUUUCCAUUGCUAUGUUUUCCUAGUCAAUGGGUAAGGAGGUCAGUUGUUGCUUUCCUUGCAUCCAGCAGUGAGUGCUUGGGUGCAGUAGAUUCUUAUGUUUUCCUUGCUCCAGUUAUACGGCCUUUCCUACGUCGACAACCUGCAUCUCUGGCCUUUGAAAAGGCUCUUCUUUCAUGUUUAAAACCUCCAGUCUCAAGGCAAGUAUUUUAUGAAGUCUUAGAAAAUGCUAGGAGUUCAAACAUGUUGGAGAGACAGAGAAAGAUAUGGUACAACUCAUCAGCACAAUCUAAACAAUGGGAAAUUGCCGAUUUACUCAAGAGAGGGACUGGGGAAUUAGACUCAAUGAAGUACUGGCCUGACAAACAACAGUCUACUGGGGGUCAUAGACCUAUUGAUAAUGUAUUGCAACAAUCAGGGCUAACGGAAUUUGAUGAUGAUGAUGCCAAAUUGAGAGCUAUGGGUGGCCAUACAUGCAAUGCUUCUAGCACAAUUGGUAUGCGUGAUCCUCAAUGCUCAGAAAAGUUACAAUUUUCAGGUUUAACAUCUCCACAGCUCAAUGGUGUAAAUAGUUUCAUGUGUGAUAAAUCAUCAGAAGGUAUACCUUUGUAUUCUUUUAGCAUGGACAAGCGAGCAAUGGGAGCUCCUCCAGCAGCUUCUGAUACUCCUUUGCAAGUGAAUUCCUUGGGAAUUGGUUCAUCGUCCAUGCCUUGGAUGGAUCCAGUUAGUAAAUCAUUUAGCUUGGCUAGUUCAGUUCCAGCACCUAAGCUUGUUUCAGGCUCCUUCAGUAUCACAGGUGGUUCUAAACAGUUCUACAGAGUCGUGCAUGAACCUGAAAGUCGGGAAAAUGAUCAAAUAGCCAAUGUCAGUAGUAAAUUUCAAGAUAUGGGAUUUUCUGGCACAAUGAAAGGAAGUUCUGUAACUGUGGAAGAUUCUUCUGCUUCAACUGAUCUUACAGGUCUACCCUCCUUUUCUCGGUCUUCAUCAAUUCCAGAUUCAGGUUGGAGGCCUCGUGGGGUGUUGGUCGUGCAUCUGCAGGAGCACCGAUCUGCUGUCAAUGAUAUUGCAAUUUCGAAUGAUCACAGCUUUUUUGUGAGUGCAUCUGAUGAUUCCACUGUCAAGGUGUGGGAUUCAAGAAAGUUGGAGAAGGAUAUAUCAUUUAGGUCAAGGCUGACUUAUCACUUGGAGGGAAGCCGAGCAAUUUGCACUGCAAUGCUCCGAAAUUCUGCUCAAGUUGUUGUUGGAGCAUGCGAUGGGACAAUACAUAUGUUUUCUGUUGAUUACAUCUCUAGAGGUCUUGGAAAUGUUGUUGAAAAGUACUCAGGUAUUGCUGAUAUAAAAAAGAAGGAUGUGAAGGAAGGUGCAAUACUUACCCUUUUGAACUACCCUGCAGAUAACUAUGGCAGUCAGAUGUUUAUGUACAGCUCCCAAAAUUGUGGGAUUCAUCUCUGGGAUACAAGAUCAAGUUCAAAUGCAUGGACUUUAAAAGCAGUUCCAGAGGAAGGCUAUGUGGCUUGUCUGGUAGCAGGCCCUUGUGGGAAUUGGUUUGUUUCAGGGUCUUCUAGGGGUGUGCUUACCCUUUGGGAUUUGAGGUUCCUUAUUCCUGUGAACUCAUGGCAAUACUCUCUUGUAUGCCCUGUGGAAAAGAUGUGUCUGUUUGUUCCUCCUUCAAGUGUCUCAGUUUCUACCACUGCUAGGCCUCUUAUUUAUGUUGCUGCUGGCAGCAAUGAAGUCUCACUUUGGAAUGCGGAGAAUGGAAGCUGCCACCAGGUAUUUAGGGCUGCAAAUUAUGACAGUGAUGCAGAAAUGUCUGAUUUACCAUGGGCCUUGGCAAGGCCAUCAACUAAAACAAGCUCUAAAUCAGAUCUGAGGAGGAAUGCGAAUCCGAAGUAUCGAGUAGAUGAACUGAAUGAACCACCUCCUCGUCUUCCGGGUAUUCGUUCAUUACUUCCUUUACCUGGUGGUGAUCUGUUGACUGGGGGCACCGACUUAAGGAUUCGCCGCUGGGACCAUUGCAGCCCUGAUCGAAGUUACUGUAUCUGUGGCCCAAAUUUGAAGGGAGUUGGAAAUGAUGAUUUCUAUGAAACUAGAUCCAGUUUAGGUGCACAAGUUGUACAGGAGACUAAGAGACGACCUCUAACAACGAAGCUGACAGCAAAAGCAGUUCUUGCUGCUGCUGCCACUGAUUCUGCUGGAUGCCACCACGAUUCCAUCCUCUCUUUGGCUUCUGUGAAGUUGAACCAGAGACUCUUGAUAUCAAGCAGUAGAGAUGGGGCUAUUAAGGUUUGGAAGUGAAUAAUCUAAAAGUUUUAGUGCUUUAAUGUAAAUAUUUAGUUCCAACAAUAGUAAAAUUGUACAUAAUAUAUAUUCAAAUUCAGAUCCUAAAUUCUGCAGUCUAAGUCUAACCACUAAUCUCCUUGAUUUGUAUUUUUGUACAGUUUGUAAGCAUGUAGGUCUAUACGGAUUUUUCAUUAUUAAUAAAAUGCUCUAUUUAUCAA